UUCAGCGGUCAAACUGCAGCCUGCUGAAUGAGUUCUAACCUACAGAACUUACAGAAAUAACCAACUGUGACAUUUCGACAUUUUAUUCAGAAAAUAAACGUCUGGACACAUUAAUAAUCUAUUUUCAGUAGUAUAAACAUACGGCUAGCUAGCUAGUCGUCUAACCUGGAAUAAACAGAUUAUGUCCCAGUGGAUAUGCUGUAAUUCGUGCUUUAAGCCUCCAGGAGCGGACAUCCAACUUGCUCUGACAAAUUGUGGCCAUAUUUUCUGCAACAUAUGCUUUCAAAAAGGCAAAGAAGGCGAGUGUCUGAUCUGCAAAACAAAAUGUCAGCUGUCUCUGCUGUCAGACAAAAGCAGCUCAGAGGUCAGAGCUCUCUUCUCAGAUAUCAGCACUACUGCAGUCAAAUACUUCUCAGAGAUAAGCAAGGUCUUGCAGUUUCAGGCAAGGCACCAGAAAAGAUUACUAGCCCACUAUCAACAGAAGAGUGAAAAAAUGAUGGAGGCUUUAGUGAAAAUGCAGCAAGAAAUAAAACAAAUGUCAAAAAAAAUCGCAGAGCAGAAGGCUUACAUAUUAAAGUUAGAAGUCGCUCUUCAGCAACAAAGUUCCAGAGUUGGAUUUCAGUCCAGCAGGGAUUUACAUGCCUCCAGUCAUUUCAAACCAGGGUACUCGUCUUCUCCAACUUCAUUAGUGACAAAAAUCCCCUACUCCUCCCCAGUGUGUCUCUCUCGCCAGCCCUCCAGUGCCAGUCUGGCUGAAAACAUGGAUAUUGACAGCAGGGCUUUUUCCAGUAAAGCCUCAAUGUCUGGAAGCAUUUCCAGACUUUGUCUCAUCAGCCCACCACAAGAUGGCCGGAUAGGUACUGUUCUUCACAGAACAGCCAGUCAGAGCACUUUGGGUGGCCACUCAAUAAAAAGUGCCAAUGUCAGUAGAGGUUGUUCCACUAGCCUGAAGGAACCCAUGCUGGCCUUCUCCACAAACACAUUGUAUUGCAGAGAAACGCCGUGGGAAAUGCCGGUAUUCAAAAUGCCAGCGACUUACAAAUACCCCUCCGUGUCCUCUAUGGGACCUCCGCCCUGACAUACUGUAUCAACGAUCUUAAAAUAUCACCAGUGGUUAAAGAACAAGGGGGCUAUUCUUGUACAGAUUUACUAUGAUGCUACCCUGGAAACACAACAGAUCAAUUUGAAGACAGCGUCCCGUUUUUCCAUCUGCAAACGAACAAGAAUAUACAUACGCAUGCCUUCUCGUACCAACUGUAACAAUUUGUAGCUUCCCCUGUGCUCAAAACCACAAUAGGUUUAUAUUAAACAGGGCUUCAGGGUACGAUA